AUGCCUUCACGGGACUUGCUGGCAUUGGAUUUUCAACUUCUUCAUUCUCCUUUGGACCUACUUCAAAGGAUGGUUCUACUAGUUCUGUUCCACUCUUGGACUGAAAAUGGCCAGCCUUUUGGUUUUGGUCUUUCAACAAACGGAAACUCCUCUUCCCUCUUAAAUUCAUCUGGGAGUUCAGUUGUUUCAAAGAUAGAGGGAAGUGGUUUUCAAGUCAUGCCAGAGGUUCCAGUCGAGACGGGAGAAGAGAAUGAGAAAGUGGUAUUCUCAGCUGAAUCUGUGCUGUUCGAGUUCAUAGAUGGGGCGUGGAAAGAGCGUGGUAAGGGGGAACUUAAGGUGAAUGUGUCUACAGCCGGGACGGAAGGAGCCAGGGUACUCAUGAGAGCUAGAGGAAAUUACAGAUUGAUUCUAAACGCAAGGCUCUAUCCAGAUAUGAAGCUAACAAAUAUGGACAAGAGAGGUAUCACUUUUGCCUGCAUGAAUAGUACAGGUGAAGAAAAAGAAGGGCUAUCUACAUUUGCAUUGAAGUUCAAGGAUGCUUCCAUAGUUGAAGAGUUUCGUGUGGCGGUUACAGCACACAAAGGCAACACAGCUGCUGUUCUGAAGACACCCGAAAAUUCUCCUAAAGCCUCAGAAGAUUGA